UUCAUCAAUACGUAUACAAAUGUCUCUACUCAAAACCAACAUUUUACUUUUAUUUGCAAUUUCUCUUUUCUAUGGCUCUUUAGCCGACGAUUUGAGACAAGAAUUCUUAGAGCCCCAAAACGAAGCCCGGAACGCAGUUGGGCUUGACCCAUUGGUUUGGGACGAUGAGGUCGCUGCUUACGCCGCCAGCUAUGCAAACCAGAGGAUCAGUGAUUGUGCAUUAAUCCAUUCGAAUGGACCAUUUGGAGAGAACAUAGCGAUGAGUAGUGGAGAGAUGUCGGCUGAGGAUGCUGCGGGGAUGUGGAUCAACGAGAAACAGUAUUACGACUACAGUAGCAACACGUGCAACGAUCCAAACGGUGGCACGUGCCUACAUUACACACAAGUGGUCUGGAGAAACACUGUUCGAUUGGGAUGUGCUAAAGUUGUGUGUAACGGUGGUGGUACUUUUAUUACAUGCAACUAUGACCCUCCUGGUAAUUACAACGGAGAAACACCAUACUAAUUAAGUAUUUAUAUUUUCGUGUGGCUUUUGAUGCAUAAUAAAAUGAGAUAAUGAGCUGUUACUGGCCAAUCCUUCGCUGUACAUGAGAAAGAAGAUAUAAACAAUUUUUAAUAAUGAUGACAUCCACCACCUCUCAAAAAAAAAUUGGCUGGCUAAUUUUCCUAACGCUACCUUCAAAGAAAAAUUCAAAAUUCAAAAAAAAAAAAAAAAAAAAAAAA